UUAUCAUAUUAUUAAUUUAUAUAAAAAUCUUAUUAAAUCGUUUGGGUAACCUCGUGUUUUUAUGGUGCAACCUUUGGUGUAUGAAAAAAAAAAAAAGAGAAAAAGAAAAGAAGCCUCCUAUAAAAAGAGCAGUAAAAAGAGACUACCCAAAAUUGCGAUGGCAAGAACUAUAGAACUACCUCCAGCUUCAUGCAUAAUGGAAGAUCAUUCUUUGAACCCCUUAUCAAAAUCUCGAUAUGUUCCUAUUAACUAUUUUCUUCAACAACAAAAACACCUUUCUUCUUUUACCUCAUCAUUUUCCUUGUCCAACUUGAAUAAUAAAUGGCAAAGACAAUUGCGGAAAGAGGUGAAAGCAGAUCAUCAUGUAGAUUAUAAUAAUAAGUCGAUGGAAGACGUAUUGGAAAUGCCUUUCAAGCUCAAGAUGACAGCUCUAGUCAGUGUCAGGAACACUAUGUUUCAUUGGGUGGAAUGUUUCAGUAACCUUGGCCAGAAGCACAAGGGUACUGUUGUUUUGCAACUUGUUAGCAACGACAUUGAUCCAGGGAUGAAACCAAAGCUAAGCAGCGAAACUACAUUAAAAUGGUCUGAUCAGAGCUUUAAAAUUGAGGAUGAGAUGACCAUUUACAAAGUCGAAUUUAUGGUGGACCCUAACUUCGGAGUACCAGGAGCGAUCACAGUGAUUAGCAAACAUCUAAAGGAGUUCUAUUUGGAAAGCGUCACUGUUGAAGAUGUCAUUCAUUUUUCCUGCAAUUCUUGGAUCCAAUCGUCGCAAAAUGAUCAUGCUGAAAAGCGUAUCUUUUUUGCUAACAAGGCCUAUUUACCUUGUCAAACGCCGCUAGGACUGAAAGAGCUUAGAGAAAUGGAUCUUAAGCAAUUGAGGGGCAACGGAAAGGGAAUUAGAAAAUUGUGCGAUAGAAUUUAUGACUAUGAUACGUAUAAAGACUUGGGAAAUCCUGACAAAGGGAUGGAAUAUAAUAGGCCAAUUUUAGGAGGUGAAAUGCUUCCAUAUCCAAGGCGUUGUCGAACUGGACGUCCUCCAAGUUCUACAGAUGACACUAAGGAGUCUCCAGCAAAUGAAUCCAUGCCGAUGUAUGUGCCGAGAGACGAAGCACUUAAAGAUGGCAGAAGAAUAGAAGUCUCUGUCGGAAAAUUGAAAGCAGCCGUCCGGAAUUUAAUUCCUGUUCUAAGAAAUGGCUUUGUUAAAAGUGAUUGUAUUAAGGAAUUUUCUGAAAUUAAUGGUCUCUAUAAGAAGCGAGGAGGCAUUGGAGAAAAGUCAAAAACAGAAUGUUCGAAAACCUUUCCUCUGCCAUGUAUUCCUAAUAAUAUUUCAGAGUCCUUAUCACAAAUUCACAAAUUUAAUCGUCCUAAAGGCAUCUCCUGGAAUGUAUUAUAUUUAAGAGACGAUGAAUUUGGUCGAUUAACACUAAGAGGCAUGAACCCUUUAAGUAUUGAAAGGCUUAAGGUAUUUCCGCCGGUGAGCAAGCUGGAUCCUGCCAUAUGCGGUUCACAUGAAUCAGCACUCAAGGAAGAACACAUCAUAGGGCAUCUUAAUGGCAUGUCCGUACAGCAGGCACUUGAAGAAAACAGAUUGUUCAUACUAGACUAUCAUGACAUCUAUCUUCCAUAUCUGGAACGGAUAAAUGCUCUUGAUAACCGAAAAGCCCAUGCCACUCGUACAAUAUUCUACUUGACCCCAUUAGGAACAUUAAAACCCAUUGCUAUUGAGGUCGCUACUGUUCCAUCUACGGAUUCAAGCUUUCCAGUUAAGCAAGUUCUCACCUCUCCUGUGGAUGCCACCACCUAUUGGUUAUGGCAAUUAGCCAAAGCCCAUGUUUGCUCGAAUGAUUCUGGUGCUCAUCAACUGAUCCAUCACUGGUUGCGCGUCCAUGCUUGCACGGAACCGUUAAUCAUAGCAGCAAACAGGCAAUUAAGCGUAAUGCAUCCAAUUUACAAGCUCCUCAAGCCUCACAUGAGAUACACAUUGGCUAUAAAUGCACAGGCUCGUGAAGUUUUAACCAAUGCCAAUGGAAUCGUGGAGUCGUAUUUCGCUCCUGAAAAGUACUGCAUGGAGAUUACUUCAUCUGCCUAUAAAGAUUGGUGGCGUUUUGACAUGGAGGGACUCCCCGCUGAUCUUAUCAGAAGAGGAUUGGCAAUUCCUGACGCGAAACAGCCUCAUGGGCUAAGAUUACUCAUUGAAGACUAUCCUUUUGCAAACGAUGGGCUUCUUAUAUGGUCUGCAAUUCAAGAUUUGGUUAAGACAUAUGUUAACUACUACUAUCCUGAAGCAAGUCUAGUCCAAUUUGACACUGAGCUUCAGUCCUGGUAUAAGGAGUCCAUCAAUGCAGGGCAUGCCGAUGUUUCAAAUGCUAAUUGGUGGCCAAGACUCUCAACUCCAGACGAUCUUAUCUCUAUACUUAGUACGAUCAUCUGGAUUGCAUCAGCACAACAUGCAGCACUCAAUUUUGGGCAAUAUGACUAUGGUGGGUACGUCCCAAUUAGGCCACCAAACAUGCGAAGAUUAGUGCCAAUGCGAGGUGAUGUGGAGUAUGCAAAGUUUCUUUCAGACCCGCAAGGAUAUUUCUUAUCAUCAUUGCCAAAUUUGACUAAAAUUACUUCUUUCAUGUCUAUUCUUGAUUUACUUUCGAUGCAUUCAGUGGACGAGGAGUACAUAGGUGCUAGAAACGACCUUUUGACAUGGUCAGGAGAUACUGUAAUUACUGAGGCAUUUUACAGAUUCUCAAUGGAAAUAAUGAAGAUAGAGAAAGAGAUUGAGAAAAGAAAUGUUGACCCAAAACUUAGGAAUCGUUGUGGAGCUGGAAUUGCACCUUAUGAACUGCUAUUACCAAGCUCACAUCCUGGUGUUACUGGUAGAGGGGUGCCUAAUAGCAUAUCAAUGUAAAAUACGAGAUGAAUGUUAAUUUCACUCUUCCACGAGCAUUCAGUUGGUAGUCUAAUUCUCUGAUCGAUUCACCUAAUUUUCUUUUUAUGCUUAAUAUGUGUUUUGUGCAUAUACUCGCUGCUUUAACAGCAGGGCUGUAGUAGAAUAAUCUGCUACUGUUGAUACCUUGCUACUAUAAAACAGAUUGGUGUAAGGAAGGCUGCUAAUGAUUAGCUGUGGUCGGUGAUAAUUUGCUAAGAAAUCUAUUAAUGAGAAUGCUAAGAAACCAAGAUCUUUGUCUUCUGUACUCGCUAUCAGCAUUUUUUUUGUGUAUGUUU